AUGGCGUACGCAAAUGGGAACAAGAACAUUCCGGGUAUGCUCAUGAGUGGAUCCAGACCCGCAACGACUGAAGAGCAGUUCUACUCCAUCGAGCUUCGUCAUGCGUUCCCGCACCUCCCCACGAAUGCUCCGAUCUCUGCAGCCGCCACGCCUGCAGCAAUGCGAUCUAUCCCCAACCCGCAAACCCCCGCAGGCGCCCCUCCAUCAACAAUCACUCCUAGCAAAGUGACUCCCGGCAGCGCCAUUGGGGCUUCACGCCUGGAUAGACAAGCUUUACUUAAAGACAUCGCCGCGGAUAAGUACUACGACCCUAUUGGGGAAGUGGUCAAGAUUCAAUCGGCCAGCUUCGACAGGGUAGAUAUCUACCUUACCGAUUACACUACGAACAGGCUGUUCUACGAGUACCUCUCACCUGAGGACGAGGCGAAAGAGGCUGGAUUAGGCUAUGACGGUGAUCCGAUGAACUAUCUCAACGGAAAGAAAAAAGCGCCCUGGCCUGGUCCUUGCGGCAAGAUGACGCUUCUGGUCACGCUAUGGUUACCUCACGCCGAUUGGGUGCGAGACAAUGUCCAUCCAGGUGAUUACGUCUGCAUGAAGAACGUUAUCGUCAAGUACAACGAAGGCAGUUUCUCGAGACUGGAAGGGAAGCUACACCAAGACAGGAAAUAUCCAUUCAGAGUCGAUGUCUGGAAAGCAAAGCCUGACGAGCCGCGUGUGAAGGACCUUGUAUUGCGCAAGAAGGAGUAUCUUGCCCGUACAAAGACGGCAAAUCCCGGGGGCAAAUCUGAGUCUAAACCGUCUAAGAAGCAAAAACGAAAGGAGCAGAGGGUAAAGCUGUUGGAAGAGCAGCACAAGAAGCAGAAGGAGCCUGCAGAAAGCAGUAUCUUUUUUGCAUCGAAUACCCAUAUUCGCUGUCAAGACCUGAAUCGUCCUCUCGUGGGCAUCUCAAAGAUCUGGGAGAACCCACACCUCGAAUACGAAUCCCCCAAUGGCAUUCUGCAGCUCCCUUUCAUCAAUAUGAAAUAUCGCGCCCGCGUCCGCGUCGUUGACUUCUGGCCCGACAAGCUAGAAAACUUUUCCCAAUCUCUUGAUAGUCGAGCGUACAACAACUGCCCGGACGAGCCGGACUCGCAAGACAUGAUGAGUGAUGAAUCACCCCAGCCACGCGGCUGGGAGUGGUUCUUCUAUGUCUGGGUCAUGGACGCUACACAACCGCCCGGCACCAGAGAUCCACUCUGCCUGAAGCUGCUGGUUGCGCAAGACGACGCAGUGUUCUUACUAAAGGAAAACGCAACUGAUCUCCGGAAAGACCCCAAAGCUCUGGCCCUGUUGCGUGAAAAGCUCUUCGUGCUCUGGGGCAACCUGGAAGAACUGAAGGCGAGCGGAAGUGACGAAAUGCCGACUAAUACGGCGUUCGAGUGUUGCAUCAAGGAAUAUGGCGUCAAGGUGGACGAUGAGUACGUCAGGGUUCAUAGGCUCUUCGGUUUAACUAUCGUGUGA